AUGGCACCGCCGGCAUACGAGCAUGUGCGUGAGAGCGCCUUCACGCCGGACAUUACGCCUAUCGUGCUCGCCGCACAUCGCGACAACUACGAGAUCAUCAAGAUCCUUCUCGACCGCAACGCUAGCAUCCCGAUGCCUCACGACGUGCGCUGCGUGUGUGGCGAGUGCGUGACGAACACGGGCACGGACAGUCUGCGACACUCGCGCUCGCGCCUCAACGCCUACCGUGCCUUGUCCAGCCCGAGCCUCAUUGCUCUGUCGAGCAAGGACCCGAUACUGACGUCGUUUGAGCUUAGCUGGGAGCUGAACUAUCUGAGUAACAUCGAGAACGAGUUUAAGACGGAGUACGAGGAGCUGACUAAGAAAUGUCAGGACUUCGCGACAGCGUUGCUCGACCAGACGCGCACGUCGCAGGAGCUAGAGGUCAUACUGAACCACGAAACGGGAGCGCAACCUACCGGCGAACCUGGCGAGGUGAUACCGACCGCAGAACGUAUGACGCUCAGCCGACUCAAGCUGGCGAUCAAGUACAAGCAGAAGCAG